AUUUGCAAACGCACGGUCGCGCGUCGCGAUCGAUCCGAGGCGGCGUCGCACGGGACUUGAGGCCAAGAUGAUUCAAAGCAUGUUCAUCAUCACGUCGACAGGAGAGAUCAUCAUCGAAAAGCACUGGCGCGGCAUCACGAACCGUACCGUGUGCGACUUCUUUGUCGAGGAAGUCAACAAGUACAAGCUUCGCGAGGACGUACCGCCAGUCAUUGCCACGUCCAAGCACUACUUCAUUAGUGUUUUCCGCGAAGGCUUGUUCCUUCUCGCAGUCGUGACUAACGAGAUUGCACCGUUGUUUGUCAUCGAGUUCCUCCACCGAGUCGUCGCCGUGUUUCGAGAUUACUUUGGGAGCUUCGAAGAAAGCGCCAUCAAGGACAACUUUUCGACCGUGUACCAACUCCUCGAGGAAAUGCUCGACAACGGGUACCCUCUCACGACCGAGCCGAACGCGUUGAAAGCGAUGGUCGCGCCUCCUUCGACGGUCAACCGUAUUGCCGCCAUCGUUUCCGGCAAGUCCCGCGUCAGCGACCAGCUGCCCGACGGUGCGAUCUCCAACAUCCCGUGGCGCAAGGCCGGAGUCAAGUACACGCAGAAUGAAAUCUACUUUGACGUGGUCGAGGAAAUCGACGCAAUCGUCGACAGCCACGGCCAAAUGCUGUCUUGCGAAGUCAGCGGCACGAUCAACGGCCACAGCCGUCUCUCCGGCGUCCCAGACCUCACCAUGGUGUUUGUGGACCCGUCCGUCAUCGACGACUGCUCGUUCCAUCCGUGUGUGCGGUAUGCUCGGUACGAGCGCGAACGUGUCAUUUCGUUUGUGCCGCCGGACGGCCACUUUGAGCUCAUGCAAUACCGCGUUCAAGUGAAUCAAAUGGUGCCGCCCAUCUUUUGCCAGCCGCACGUCAAGUACACGGAAAAGGGCGGGACGUUGGAGAUUACCAUCGGCGCCCGCAACAUGCCCACGCUCGUCAACAACACGAAGAAGCCCGUGCAGACGGAAGACAUCACGGUGCAAAUCACGUUCCCCAAGAGCGUGCGGACAGUGGAUGCCAACACGGACAGCGGGUCGUGCCUGUUUGACGACUCGACCAAGACGCUCAAGUGGACGGUGGGAAAAUUCAAUCCGAAGAAGGUGCUGUCGCCGUCGCUGAAAGGGUCGAUCGUGUUGCAGCACGGCGCGGCGACGCCGGACGAGAAACCGAUCGUGCUCCUCGGGUUCAAAGUUCCGUUCACAACCGUGAGCGGCCUCGCUGUCGAGACGCUCGUCCUGACCAACGAAAACUACAAACCGUACAAGGGCGUGCGCACCCUCACCCAAGCGGGGCGGUUCCAAAUUCGCACGUAGCGCCGCCUCCAUGCUGUCACCUCUCUCGUCGAACGGGGCACGAGAUCCUGUCAACAAUACAGCUUUCCAACUUCAUCCAGCGUCUCUCGCGCCGUCUUCCGUCACUGGCAUCUAGCAACGAGUAUUUGUUGCUGGAUGCCAGCAACUCGACUUGCGCCGAAAGCAUGGUAGCGUCGUAAUUGCCUGCGUUCGAUUCAG